GUUUCCUUGCAGCCAAAGUGUUAUCGUGUGGAAGAGCCGGGCUCUUGUCUCCCGGCUGUGUCGACACCUGCGCAGACUUCGACUGUUGCUGCCCAGAGGCCGGCCCAGGCACUGUGCUCAGGUGGCACAGGCGCAGGCGUUUGGCGGAACAGGUGGGCCGCUGGCCAAGGGGUUUGGGGGGACCUGGAAGUGCAGCAGAUUCGCAAAGCGUGUUGGAUAUCAAUAAGGUGCCCAAUGCAGCCUUGCAGAGCCCCGAUGUGCGCCUUGAUGGCAGCACUCGGGAAAACUUGUCACAAAAAAUUGGGUAUCAUGACCAAACACUUCGAGGCUUUUCCAGCUCACGGCAAAGCUCAUUGGAGGGCCCUUUUGUGGGUGAACUUCUCGAUGUGCGCCCUGUCGGCGGCGCUCGGGCAAGAUGCCAUCACUCCCUUGAUCGUGUGCGGGACCGUGGCGAGCACUGCGAGCCCACAUCCUUCAGACAGACAGCGCACGUACAUACCCGUGCGCCUCGGCAACAACAAAGGCCACCGAAGGCUGACUGUCAUCUGGAGCUGUGGCAGCGACUUCAACUGGCAUUGAAGCCAUUGCAGGAAGAUAAAGUAGUCGAGAUUGUUUCUAAGCUUGAGGACCAGGGGCUAAUCCAGGAGGGUACGUUCCCAUGGUUCGCAGCAGACCUGGCCAUGCAGGCAUGCCACGGGGAUGAGCCUAUGCUGGCUAUUUCUGCCUCGGAAGAUGUCAUUGCCAACCUGAACAAGCCCUCCAGGCCUAGAACCUUCCGUGUCACGAGUGCCAACAUCACCGUGUGGCGCAAGGACGUUGCGAACUGGAUUGCAGACCAGCACGUAGACGUCUUUCUGCUGCAAGAGACUCAUUUACCAGAGGACAAGCACGAGCAACUUGCAAAUGCCGUCGGGAAACAUGGGUUCCAAUCCUUCCAGCUACCUGCUAUUGCCACCGGUAAAGGAGGCUACUCCGGAGGGCUUGCCAUUUGUGUCCGGAAGCAUCUUGACGUUAGGCAGGCGGCCCACUUUGCACACCAAGGUGCGGGCUUCCACUCUGUUGCCAUGCGGGUACGAGGCACCGACCUCUACCUGGUGAACAUCUACUUGAAGUCCGGUGAAGGCUUUCAGAGCCCUGCCAAUUCUGCUGUGAUGUCGCAUUUGAUUCCUUUCCUUGCCUCGGUUAGGGGUUCAUACAUUGCGGCAGGAGAUUUUAAUGAUGAUUUCGAAACUUUGUCUGCAACCAACGUUGCCUUAGAAGCGAAGGGAGCCUGGUUAGCCCCCGAAGGCCCCACAAUUGCUAGCGGAGGCCGCAUUGAUUUUGGCUUGGUUUCCAGGUCACUGUCACAUGUUGUGAGGGUGAGCUCUCAGUGGCUCACUCCCUUCAAGCCACAUGCUGCUUUGGAGUGGGAAUGGCAGGUGUCCGACGUCCUGCUCAGCGUUCCGCAAGUAAAGCCCUUUAAACCCCAGGAGGUGCAGGCGCAGACGUUUGAGCCGCGGCAAAGUGAGCACAAUCUUUGUGUGCUUGGCCUUGAGAUUAAGGAUCGUGCAUUUGCCCAGCAAUUUGCGGACCUGUCCUCUGCAGUAGAACAAUCUGUUUUCGGCAACGUCCAGGGCCGUGGCGUGCAUAUCCCUGUUGUGUCCUGCAUCAUCCAAUAUUGGCACGGCGACCCGGAUUCCGCCAAAGCCUGCUCGCAACAGGUUGCAGACUUACUUGCCCAUUUUUCGGAUGAUCUGCUUUCUUCACUUGUGCCAAUUGUCCGUCAGCAGCUGCAGCAGAAUACUCAACUUUGGAUGCAGGCGCAAUCUAAAUCCUACAAACAAUGGCUUGACCAGUCCAGCAAAGGUGGCAUGAGACCGCUUUUUCAAAGUGUCAAGCAGCAUGAAAGCAAAACGUUGAGGCCCUUUCUGAAAUCACCACUGCAGGAGCGCAUCUACUUGCGUUGGCGCCAGUGGCAUGCAGUCUGGCAUGAUGCCGAUGCUGGGGAAGUUGAUGUGCAUUUGGCUGAGGAAGUUAAACAGCGAGCCAUCGCCCAGGCUCAAAGUUUACCUCCUAUCUCUGUGCAGCGGGCCACCGCGUACUUCCGUAAAGCAGCCAAGAAAGCCCCAGGCGUCGACGGUUGGACGGCAGACAUGCUGCGCAACAUGUCAGGAGAGGCCAUUCAAGCGGUGUUGGACUUUUUGCGUUCUUGUGAGAUGCGAGCGGAGUGGCCUGCACAAGUUGUCGUAGCACUCGUUUCUUUGCUGCCUAAGAGUGACAAGAAAGAGCGUCCUAUUGCUCUCCUCCAUUUCCUUUACCGUUCGUACAUCCGGCUGCGGUGGAAUUUAAUUUCGGAAUGGCAGGUGACGUAUUCCUCUAAAGCGGCUUGGGACAAGGCCCUGCCAGGAUCCCAAGUGUUGGAUGUGGCAUUAGGACGCUUGCUGCGUGGCGAGGCCACUCGUCACGCCAAGUCACAUAUGAUCACUUUAUUUCUUGAUUUGGAAAACUUCUACGAUCGAUGUAGGUUCAGUGACAUGUUGAGGACCGGCUUGGACCUUGGCUACCCGCCUCUAAUCCUUCACCAGGCCUGGUUAGUGUAUUCGGCGCCUAGGUUUUUGCAAUCCGAGGGUACCAUUGCACCACCAAUUUGGCCAUUGCAAGGAGUGCUUGCUGGUUGCCCAGCUGCACCUUCUAUUGCAAAACUAAUCAUCCACCCGGUUGCAGCUUGCAUCACUUCUAAGACUGGAGCCACGAACUUGGACGUUUGGGUUGAUGAUCUGAGUCUUGAUGCAGUGGAUUCUUCCGCGGAAGCGGCUGCCCGCACAAGCCUUAAACUGUUCAGAACCCUCCGUCGCUCUCUGAUCGACAGGGGUGCCAGCCUCUCCAUGGACAAAACUUGCUUUGUGGCGACCACUGCACAGGCAGCCACAGCCCUCAAUAAGCUUAGGUGCCCCAUGGACCCUGUCGUUAAGUCUUUUGCCCGAGACUUGGGUGUCACCUCCGGCGGGGUCCGAAGACGCAUUUUGGGGCUUGCAGAGCAGAGGCGUCAAAAAGCCAAGGCCAGGCACGCCCAAUUGUGUAAGUUGCGGGUGCCGAACCAGCAGCACAGAAUCCGAAUUGUGCGCGCUUCCCUAUGGAUGGCUGGUCUGUUCGGGCACCAAGCAUUGGGAGUUUCGCCGAAACGCCGGAGGUGGUACCGCACCAUUACGGCUAAGCAUCUCGGGCGUCAAAAGCUGGGAUCACUUGACUUGGUUUUCACGGUCAUGGGACACAUUUGUGAGGAUCCCUUUGCUACGAUUUUAAGGCACCAUUUUAAAGCAGUGGCUAGGGUUUUCCACAAGUGGGCCCUUCAGGAACAUGACAAAUUCCACAGUGCAUGGCGGUCGCAGUGGCAAAGGCUUCAUGGGGGCAAGUACCCUUGGUUGCGAGUUGCUGGUCCUCUCGCCGCCACACAGGCCUAUCUCAGUGAGCUGGGUGUUGAUGCGGCCGAGCCUUGUCGUUGGCGUCACAACAGCGGUUCCCUUCAGGUUGAUUGGCAGGCACAGGACACUUGCCGUCAGGUGCUGCAGUGGAUUUCCGGUUUGCACCAGUUACAGGUCAGGCAACGCAUUUCGGAUUUGGAAGGGUGCCACUUGCUAGUCCAGGGUGUUGACCUGACUAUGCCUAAGAAGCUUUUGAAAACAAAAAUUUUCAACAAAAACACCCUUGUGAGUCUCAAAGCUCUUUGGCAGGGGGCGCUUUUGAGCGAGUCCAAACCUGGCUAUUGUAAGCAGUGCAGGUGCCGUUUGAAUCUUCAGCAUGUGUUGUGGGAAUGCCCAGCCCUGACUACCAAAUUCCCGGAGCCUCCCCAUUUCACACAGGCGCGCAAAGAUUUUCCUUGGGAAAGCUUGUGGCUCCGGGGUCUUGUGCCAUGGAGUAAGACGAGAAUGCAGCUCCACCAAGGUAUCGAGAGGGGCCUCCGCGUCGAUGGGUUGUGGAAGGAAGGCUGUGUGCUUGAUGCUUCCAAUUUUGUGUUUGCUACCGAUGCUUCCGGGGGUCCGGGCAGCUCUGACGACCGAUUAAGGUGUGUGUCGUGGGCCAUUGCUGCAUACGCUUUAACUCCAAACGGCCCUCAAAGAGUUGCUAGCAUCUCGUGUCUUGAAAAAGACCUCACGGUGCCUGCUGCGGAACAAAGGGCUCUUUUGGAGCUUUUCCAAUGGGUCUCUGGUGAUUUUGACGUGACGAUCGACUGUCAGAGUGUCACGCAAAUCUUGAAAAAAUCCUCACCACCGCAGGAUAGCUUAAUUCCGUGGGCUAACGUGUGGCACCAAAAGGGCCGCGCACAAGUUACCUGGGUCCCCUCGCAUAAAGACCAGCUUUACUUCAAGCAGCAUAACAUACAGGAGUGGAGACGGAUUAUCAACGAUGACGUUGAUGGCAUCUGCCGCCAAGUGUCAGCCGAGGCCUACUCGUGGGAGCAUGCGCCUUGGCUCAAACAGGUUGAUGCAAUUUGCAAAGAGAUUUCUUUGCAUUUGGCAAAGAAAAUUUCAUUCAUUUUGCAGCACCGAAAAUCCGGCAUGUUGCCAUGGAUCCUAGAAAGGCCCAAGCAAGCAACAGCUGAGCACGAGCAGCCGCUAGUGAUCCCUAAUCCUGUCUUUGUUAAGCCCAAACCUACCACCCUCAAUAAGCGCCAGCGAAUGCUUGCAUGCAUCGAGGGCACUGUUGACACUCUUGGACAUCGCUGGGUUUUGGGAUCCGAGGGCUCUACCAACCUUACCAUGAGGUGUGAGAUUUGCGGCUUGUAUGUGCAACAGAUUUUGUUACAGAAACGCUUUGACAAGCUGAUGCAACACCCCUGCAAGGACCAGGCGACGGAGCUCGACGGGACCAGGGAGGUUAGGCCAACCAAGGAGUCCGUGCCCGCGCUGAAGCAAUCCAUGCUGGUUUUUGGCCCCAUGAAAUAA